AUGCCAAAAUCACGUAGAAAAGGUGAUACAUCGAAAAAUGUAAUCAAUUCUAUUGUACCACCAAUUCCACUUCUCGAUAGUAUUCGUGCACAAAUACAAACACCUGAUGAACAAAAUAAUGAUACUGAAUCAGGUAGCGAUAAUUUAAAAGUAUCGACAGCUGGUUGGCAAUGUGAUAUUGAUGAUUGGUCUGAUAAAAAAGCAUCAAAUAAUGGACCAGAUAAAUUUCCUCAAACAAUUCGUUCUCUUGAACGUAAGAAUGAACAAGCAAAAAAAAAUAAAAUAUUUUCAUUAACACAGAUAAAUAAUGAUGUUGAUGAAAAUAAAAUGGAAAAUCAAGAACAUAUCGAUAAUCGAAUAAAGAAAACAUCAUCGAAAGAUAUUGAUUUAUUAAAUUUAACAUCAAUUGUAAGCGAUCUUAUUACAGGCAAACGUGAUGAAUCAGCCUAUACAGAUUUUUUAUCAAUACUUCAACAUUUUUCUGUACAUACAUUGCGUGAUGAUCAUCUUGAAGAAACUGUUUAUCAUUUAAUACAAGCAGCAGUCAGUUUUAUACGUUCAAAUGAAGAUCGAUUUGAUCCAUUUAAAUUACAAGAAUGUUAUCGACAACGAUCAAUUAUUAAAACAAAUUCUUCUUAA